AUGUUCACUCUCCGCCCAAUCAACCUCCCACACCAUGUGCUACUUACGAGCACCACCGUCCUAGGGCUGGGCCUCUACGUCUCGCUGUUUCGCAAGUCGCCCUUGAAACACCUCACUGGACGCGAAGUAUUUGUGCCAGCCCCUUCUACCCCUCGGAUCGCAGACACCAACGCCCUCCUCGGUGUCGUAGCAUGUGCCUUGCAGCUACCGUAUUUCCUGAGCUCGUACAUGCCGAUUGAAGAAAAUCAGUGGCUGCACGUCACUGUGCCGAUUCGACUGUUUGUCUCCACUGCUUUAGGUGUGAAUCUUCUCUUGCGCGGGCGGCGCAUGAGCGAGGGGGGGUUCUGGGAGUUUUUCGCGCUGGGGGUUACGGAUUUUGUCGGAGCUGUGAUGCUUGGCUGGGAGUUGGACCGUUGGAGUUAUUCCGACUCAUACGCAGGACUGUACUCCGUUGGGUAUGGAAUUCAGGCUAAAGUGUGCUCCGGAUCUGUCGUUUCACCUGCCGGAUCCGGCAACACCAGGGCGAUCCCUGGCGGGGGAAACCUGGAGAAGGGCAUUCUGGGGUACCCCGCAGGCCGGGCUUACUCCGAAGGCCAGAAAUGGGACAUUCACUUGAUUGAGAGGCUAUCUAUGAGUGAUCAUACUGGCCUAGCUCACGGUAUUUGA